AUGAUUGUUAAGGAUAAGGGCCGUAUUCUUAAUUGGAAGUCUAAGUUUCUUUCUUUUGGAGGACGUAGACAACUCAUUAUAUCGGUUCUUCAAUCUCUUCAGUUGCAUUGGAUGUUUGUGUUCUUAUUUCCGUCUAGGUUAACCCAUGAUCUGGAAUCGAUCUUCUGGAAGUUCCUUUGGGCCCCAAGGGAUGGCCCUCGAGGGCGGUGUAGAUUAUCUUGGGAAGUGGUCUGUCGACCUCUUCAGUCAGGGGGUCUUGCAAUUCGGCGUGUGACAACCUGGAAUAGGGCUCUACUGGCUAAACAUGUUUGGGAUAUUGUCCGCCAUCGUGAUUCUCUGUGGGUUCGUUGGGUUUAUCGUCAUAACCUUCGUUCUUCUCACUUCUGGUUGGUUCGGAAAAAUUCCAAUUGCUCGUGGGUCUUCCGUAAAUUACUGGACUUAAGACUAAAUUUGCGAUGGUAUUUAGUGUCUCAAAUAGGUGACGGCAAAGAUAUAAAUGCUUGGGAGGAUACUUGGCUUCCAUGUGGUCAUCUUACGGCCUUUAUGUCUUACCACUUUAUCCAUUCUUGUGGGUUCUCGAUUGGAACUACGGUACGUGAACUUAUCAUGAGUUUGGGUGGAGUAUGGUCGGAUGAGUGGUGUUCCAGGUUUGAUGUGCUUACUUCUGCUCCUUUGCCUUCUUUAAUUGAUGCUCAUCGGGAUCAAGUUCUCUGGGGAGGUGAUAGUACUUCAAUUUCGGGUUUCAAGGUUGGUACAGGGAGUUGUCCAAGUUUUUGGGUUUCCUGCCCUGUUAGGUGUGCAAAAAAUCUUAUACUUGCUAGCGUCAAGUAUGUGACAUUGCAUGAUGAAGGUGCAGUGGAACUGUGGGAGCUCAACAAUGUUGUACUGUUCUCCAGGUUGCCUACGAAAUUGACUAAAGAACAACUUUCUAACUUCCAGUUACUUGAUGCAUGCCACAAAAUUCUUCAUCAAGUGGAAAUUCCAUUUCUAGAGAUUCCUGCAUCAUGCAUGCAUUACGAAACAAAGGCUACUUUCUCCAGGAAAAUGAAGGCACUAUCAAAAACAUCAACUGCUAUAUACAACAAAUAG